AUGCAGGGUCUGAGCUCCAGGGCCCACGCGUUUUCGGUGGAGUCGCUGGUCGGGAAACCCUGCAAGAGGAUGAAAGUGUCGGAGGGACAAGAGUCAAGUUCAGCUGGAGACACCGGCGGCGACACGAGCAUCUUCACCGGCCUGCAUGAGUAUCCAGUCAGCCAGCUGAAGAAAGCAGGUUCAGCACCGAGGGGGCCGGAGGAGACCUCGUGUGACCCGCAGAGACAGACUGCAGGGUCAGGGGUUGAGGGGGCCCCUGACCCAGAUGGAGGGGAGAACAAGCCCGAGGAGAACGGCUCCCGCCUGGACAGAGAGGUGCAAGUAGAGCUGCAGGGCUCCGAGCUGUGGAAGAGAUUCUAUGAGAUCGGCACCGAGAUGAUCAUCACUAAAGCUGGGAGGAGAAUGUUUCCCUCAGUGCGCGUCAAGGUGCGCAACCUGGACCCGUGCCAGCAGUAUUACAUCGCGAUGGACGUCAUGCCCGUGGACUCCAAACGCUACAGGUAUGUGUACCACAGCUCGCAGUGGAUGGUGGCUGGAAACACGGACCACUCCUGCAUCUCUCCCCGGCUCUACGUGCACCCGGACUCGCCGUGCGCAGGAGAGACGUGGAUGCGCCAGGUCAUCAGCUUUGACCGGGUCAAACUCACCAACAAUGAGAUGGACGAUAAGGGACAUAUUAUUCUUCAGUCGAUGCAUAAAUACAAGCCACGAGUGCACGUCAUCCGGCACGACUCUCGGAUGGACUUGUCUCAGAUCCAGUCGCUUCCUGCUGAGGGAGUGCACAGCUUCUCCUUCGCAGAAACUGAAUUCACCACAGUCACGGCCUAUCAGAAUCAACAGAUCACAAAACUGAAGAUCGAUAGGAACCCGUUUGCCAAGGGCUUCAGAGAUCCAGGAAGGAACAGAGGGGUGUUGGAUGGCUUAUUGGAGUCAUAUCCCUGGAGAGGCCCUCUCAGCUUGGACUUCAAGCCAUUCACCAUACAGCUCCAGGGGAGCUCAGGGUCGCCAGCCAGCAGUGUGAAGAGCCUCCUCCCUUUCUCCUCAUCCUCAUCCCUUAACCCGUUCUCCGUCUCUGCGCUCUCCUGCCAGGAUGCCGCUCUCCACACGCUCGCUCUCCCCCUCUACAGCAAGACCUCACCCAGCAUCUCCCCGCUGCCUGGCCGAGCCUUCUCCGCUCUGGGAGCAGACAGACUGAGAGGCCUGCCCCCGCUCUCUCCGCUAACAGACCUCCCGCUCCUCUCUGCUCUGCAGGGGAAGAAACCUCCCCACUCUAGGGAACCCUGUCUUCACGGGCCUCCGGGGAGCUCCCCCUGCCUCAUCCCCAUGCACAGCCCCCUCAGCUCGCAGGGGCCUUCUCUCCUCCCUCAUCACUCUGACACUGCGGGCCCUUACUGUCUUUACCACUACAGCUUCCCCCUGAACCCCCAACUUACAGCUAUUUCCCGGCAUGCCAAGCUAGCUGAAGACACCACAGACUGUCUCCUGCGCCAGUCUCCGUGGCUCCCGACCACCAACCACUGCCUCUGA